CCAAAACAUAUGAGACGAACACAUGAGUCAUUGCAGGCAUUGCACAGAAGCGAUCCGGUUUUUGUGCUACUGAAAUGCACCACCGUUGGUAGGACGACAUUGCUGUCGAUGGUAUUUUAGCGCGUCUGCGGGCUUUGAGCACUGGUCAGCGGUUUAGGGGUAGUUGCGGUUGCCAUGUCAACCGGCCCUCUAUUGACUAGCAUCCCACUUUAGCGACGGAAAGAACAUUUUUUUCUGCACUUAAGCUGAAGAAACUGCCGGCGGCUCCACUGGUCUGACCUCAUGCAAAAGCCUGUGCACAAAUGCCCAUUGAUAAAAGAACGAGCCGCGUCGACUUCAACACGAGGCUGCACUCUUCAUUCUCCAUCAAUCGCGCUGCUACCAUCACAGACCACAAUCUUCGUGCGUUCACGCAAAAGAGCUCUCCAUCGCCGACCCCGCUCAUACUCAAGACAGGCCAAACAGCAAACCUAAUAGUUGCACCCUUCAUUCACAAUGUCCGGCAACGUCCUCUCAGAGAAGAACAUCAACACCCACGCCGUGCAGCAGAUGGACCCCAUGGCAGCCAACGGCAAGCCCGACGUUAAGAGCAUGGACUACCACCGCCAGGUCCUGCAGAACAAGAUGGAGCAAGACAAGAACGAGAACAACUACGUCUCCCCGUCAGAUGGCAUCAUGAGCCCAUGCACAGCAAAGCUCAGCGCGUUCCGUAACAAGCAGGUCGGCAAGGCCAAGCCAAAGUCGCUCUUCGCACAAGCUUCGGCCAAGAAGCUGGACGGCGAUAACGUCCUAGGCGCUAAGAGCGCAUCGCCGCGGCCUUCUGGGCUUUGAGUGCGCAUUAUCCACCACCGGAAGACAACUUCUCUUGUACUCUUUCUGUUUACGACCGCUUUACGAAACCCAACUACACAUAUGCAUUCUGAUUUUGCCCAUUGGACCACGGGCCUAUAGGGAACUCUUGUUUCUUUCCUUUUCUUUUGUAACAUGACAUGGGGAGUUCAGGGAGGCGUUCUUCGCGAAGGGUGUGCUCUGUAAUAUAGGCAGGAUACAGCACCGCGCUUGCAGGAUACAGAGGUCUUCAUCAUAAGAUACUUUACGACGAAUAAAUACUGGCAUUCACCGUUUUCGACGUC